AUGAAGUUGCUCUUAUCCAUCUUCUUAUUCAUGUCAUCAAUAUUGGCUCACAAUGUCCUUUUACAACCAUAUGGCAAGCAGUGCUUUUUCGAAACUUUGAAACAAAAUGACGAAUUGGCCCUUUCAUUCCAAGUUGGAUCUCGUAACCCAUCCAAUCCCGAACAACAUGUGGUUGAUUUCUACAUCACAUCUCCCCAGGGAAAAACCCUAGUCAAACGUACCAACAUCGACCAUGGUGAUGAAUCAGUUAAAGCUAUGCAACUGGGAAAAUACCAAUACUGUUUUUCAAAUGAGCAUUCUGGCAGAUCAGAUAUUGAUGUUAGUUUUAAUAUCCACGGGGUUGUUUAUGUUGAUGCUAAUGAUCCUAAAGCUGAUACUUUGGAUUACGCUAUUCAAAGAUUGAGUGCAUUAACGGAUGAAGUUAAAGCUGAACAAGGGUAUUUGGUGAUUAGAGAAAGAACCCAUAGAAAUACUGCUGAAUCUACCAACUCUAGAGUUAAAUGGUGGUCAGUUUUCCAGAUUUUUGUUGUUGCUGCUAAUUCCCUUUUCCAAAUUUAUUACUUGAGAAGAUUCUUUGAGGUGAAAUCUGUUGUAUAG